AUUCGAUCUCGAAAAUAACUCAACUGUUAAGACACUCAGUUUCCGACCAUGGUAGCGUCAGAAAUGGCAGCUCUUCUCUUUUUAUUCACUUCUCUGCUGCUGAGAGGUUCCUUUGUUCACAGUCAAGGGCUCCAGAUCGGAUUCUACGACUCUUACUGUCCUGAUGCCGAGGAUAUUGUGAGGUCUACUGUCGAACAGUACUACGACAAGGAUGCCACCAUCGCCCCAGGCUUGCUCAGGCUACACUUUCAUGACUGCUUCGUUCAAGGUUGUGAUGGAUCAGUCUUGAUUUCUGGAGCAUCUUCUGAACGGAGUGCCCCACAAAAUUUUGGUCUGAGGGGGUUUGAGGUGAUAGAUGACGCUAAAUCCCAGCUGGAAGCUGUGUGCCCUGGCGUAGUGUCUUGUGCUGAUAUACUGGCUCUUGCCGCACGUGAUGCCGUUGAUCUGACCGGUGGGCCAAGCUGGUCAGUGCCACUGGGGAGAAGAGACGGCAGAAUUUCAUUAGCUUCUGGUGCUAAGGCCUUGCCAUCUCCUGCCGAUCCUGUAUCUGUUCAGAGGCAGAAGUUCGCGGAUCAAGGCCUGUCAGACCAUGACCUCGUAACAUUAGUCGGUGCCCACACCAUCGGGCAGACGGACUGCCAGUUCUUCAGCUACCGUCUGUUCAACUUCACGGCGACGGGCAACGCGGACCCGACCAUCAGCCCGGCGUUCCUGGCGCAGCUCCGGGCGCUGUGCCCGCCCAACGGCGACCCGGGGCGGCGGGUGGCGCUGGACAGGGACAGCCCCGGCGCGUUCGACGUGGCCUUCUUCAAGAACGUCCGGGACGGCAACGCCGUGCUGGAGUCGGACCAGCGGCUGUGGAGCGACGCCGCCACGCAGGGCGCCGUGCAGAAGUACGCCGGCAACGUCCGGGGCCUGCUCGGGCUCCGCUUCGCCUACGAGUUCCCUAAGGCCAUGGUGCGGAUGAGCAGCGUCGCCGUGAAGACCGGCGGGCAGGGCGAGAUCAGGAGGAGGUGCUCCAGGAUCAACUAACUUUAUGAUGAAGCGCUCCGCUAUAAGUUGCAGUGUCCGUGUGCGAAUCGGAACUGCUUCGUGUGUUGGCACGUCGUGCUUCACCGGGGACAAACAAAUUGGCUCCGGCCUGUGGUGUUUGUUUGUUUGUUUGUUCUUGCCUGUCACUUUCUUUCCUUUUUCUGUAUCUGAAGGCACCCUGCAUAAUUCGUCCAACAUCCUGUGCCUAGUCGCCGAGCAUGCGCUAGAUCAGUCUGUGGAGCGGACUCAUUCUGAAUGUAUGUGAAUCAGUGCAUGUAAGUUCGCGCUGUAGCUUGACAAUGGAAGAUGCGUCUGUAAGAUGGAAUGCUUUAUCGAAUACAAUCGAAUGCGUAAUGACAGCAAA